AUAGUACUGUCACAUGUUACAUUACCCAGGGACCCACCAGUGUCCAUCUUUUUUCCUUUGUUGAUGUCAAUUAGUUGUGUGAGUGUUUAUCUGUCUAGGAAUCUCAGGAUAUUCCUUAAUUAAUUAGAUCUUCUCCAACCUAACUUUAGGGAUUUGGGUCUUAAUAUAUAUAGAAAUCCCAAUUUACUUUUGGUCGGUUGGGUGAUGGGUCAUAGACUCAUGGUGGAAAGAGUGUUGCUAUUGGCCUCUACUCUAGUUGCUCUUGGUCCCUACCUAGAGGAGAAAAGCUUAUUCUGCCCCAUUUGAAUGUUCCCAUCCCUUCCUGGCACUUCACUCCCUCUUCUCUCUUUUGCCUCCCUUCUCCUCCCAACCUCUUCUCUCUUCCUCUUCUUCUAUUUCCCAAUUCCUCUCCUUAACUCUCCUCCUUCACUUCCCAACUACGUCCAAUCCAUCUCCAACUCCUUUGAGAAAAAUGGCCUUAACACAUUCAACAUCUUUCCCACGAAUGUUUCAGAGGGCUGGUUCAGCUCAGUUUAGAAGGCCUCUCCUUCAUUUGGUGUCCACUCAAGAAUCAAGGCACAGGUACCUCACCCAAUGUGUUCCCCUUCACAAAGCAGCACUGGAAGGAGACUGGAAAGAGGCCAAGAAAAUCCUUGACCAAGACCCGGCGCUGCUGAACUCCGCCAUAACAAAAGGAUGGGCAACAGUGCUCCACAUUGCGGUCGGAGCAAACCACGAAAGCUUCGUGGAGGAGUUGCUGAAACUAAUGUCGCGUGAAGACUUAGAACUGCAAGAUAUCAAGGGUAACACUGCAUUCUGCUUUGCUGCAGCGGUUGGAAACGUGCACAUUGCUGAGAGAAUGCGCAGAAAAAAUGCAUCAUUGCCAAUGAUAAGGGGUGGAGAAGGAGUCACUCCUCUUCACUUGGCUGUGUUACAAGGAAGAAGUGAAAUGGCUUGGUAUCUGUUUGAUAAAACUAGAGAAACACUCUACGAUGAUGAUUGGUUUCAAGUGUUUCUCAUUUGUGUAAACUCUGGACUUUAUGAACUGGCCCUGGAAAUGCUCAAUCAGAAGGAAUCGCUAGCUUUUGCACGGGGUGAUAACGAUGAGACAGCUUUGCAUGUUUUGGCUCGAAAGCCUUUGGAUUGUGGUUGCCGAAGUCCGCUACGAUAUCCAAAACACGUCCUGCAUUUGUGCAAGAACAUGAAGGACCCUCCGGUCCUCAAACUUACAAGACGCGUGUGGGAUAUAUUUCUUACCCUCGAUGACUCUAAGAUGAUGACUGCAAUUAGAGAACCAUCUCAAGUAACAUUUAUUGCCGCAGAAGUUGGCAAUUUCGAGUUUCUAUCUGUGAUUAUGAGCACUUAUCCGGAUUUGAUUUGGGAAUUGAAUACGAUGGGUCAGAGUAUAAUUCACGUUGCUGCCUUGCACCGCCACGCUAGCAUAUUCAAUUUGAUACACGAAAUUGGCCCAAGCAAAGAUCUCCUGUUAACAUUUUGGGAUGAUGAAGGCAGCACGUUACUCCAUUCUGUCGCAGAAAUAGCACCAACAGAUCGACUUAAUGUAGUUUCUGGAGCAGCUCUUCAAAUGAUGCUUGAGUUGACAUGGUUUGAGGAGGUAAAAAAGAACAUGCAACCAUCAUAUAUAGAGAGGCCAAAUCAUGAAGGCAUUGUUCCUAGAGAACUAUUCACCGAGCAGCAUAAGGAUUUGUUGAAAAAGGGAGAAUCUUGGAUGAAGCGAACAGCAAGUUCUUGCAUGGUUGUUUCAACCCUAAUUGCCACAGGAGUGUUUUCUGCCGCCUUCAGCGUCCCAGGUGGUACCAAAGACGAUUCAGGAUCUCCCAAUUAUUUGAAGAAACAUUUGUUCACGGUAUUUGCAAUAUCAGAUGCCUUGGCAUUAACUCUUUCUACCGCCUCAACCCUAAUUUUCUUGUCCAUACUCAUCUCAAGAUAUGCUGAGGAAGAUUUUCUGAGGUCAUUGCCAUUCAAGUUGAUAUUUGGACUAGUGUCACUAUUUCUCUCAAUAGUCAGCAUGAUGGGAGCAUUCAGUAGUGCUUUCUUCAUAACAUAUUACCAUGCUAAAACGUGGGUUGUUCCUAUCACCAUUGCUGUAUUUGUGUUGUUCCCAAUAUUGUUAUUUAUAUAUCUACAGUUUCGUCUCUGGCACGACAUAGUGUAUUCUCACUACAUGUGUGGUUCUUUGUUUAGACCAAAGAAACGCAUGAUUCACUAGAAACAUUGAGUACAAGCUCAAUAAUUAUUUUUUUUUUCUUUU